UAACCUUAAAUUAAUUUUAUAUUCAGAUUUUUAUAAAAUUAAAUAGGAAUAUUAACGUAAAUAUGGAACUUAUAUAUAAAAAAUUAUAUAGUUUUUUUUUUUUUGAAAAAUUGGUUUGCGUAACCACAAGGCACAAGCGGAGCAGCGAUACCAUCAUCAUCAUCAUCACCGACUGCACCAGCGUUUCAAUUUUCUUUUUCUUCAUUUAUUCUUCCUUUCAAUUAUUUCUUCAUCUCUCUUUCUAUAUUCUCUUCUAGCCGUUCAUUGUUAUUAAUCUCUCUUCCGUUACCAUCUAUGCUCUGAUUCCGUUUCUAGAUGCUCUUCCCUUUCAGAUCCAUAUGAUCGCCUCUUCUUCCUGAUUCUGUCUCCGACGAAGGAUUUUUUUUUCCUUAUUUUCAGGCAUUUUUGUGUUCUGGAAGCGGUUUCUCUAUCAGUUUUGCUUAUUGAGGUGAAAUAUCACUUUAUUUUACGAUUGUUGGGUCACUAUAUUUUAUGUUAAAUUAAAAAAUGUUGGGAGGCAACAACAAUAAUCCUCUACUUCCUGUUUUUGUGGAUGAUAGUCGUAUACCCUAUCAGACUAAUCCAUCAAAUCAGCUGCAGCUAUUUGGUAACUUUCCAGCUGGAUGCAGUGUUGAUCCAGUGAAUUGUUUUGGGAAUGAACAUAUGACCCCUAUGCUUCACCCCAAUAAGAGAGCCAGGGAAACAGAAGAUUUCAGUAGACAGCAAAAACUACAGAUUUCCUUAAAUUACAACAUGUGUCAGGAGGAAGCUGCCCGAUCAGCUAGCGUACCAAAUCCAAAUCCUGUAUCAACUGGGUUACGGUUGUCUUAUGAUGAUGAUGAACGAAAUUCUUCUGUAACUUCUGCAAGUGGAAGUAUGACAGUGGCACCAUCAGUCAUCCUGUCCCUUGGUGAGAAUAUUAGGACUGAGCUUGAUCGGCAGAAAGAAGAAUUUGAUCAGUAUAUUAAAAUUCAGGCAGAGCAUUUGUCUACGGGGGUGAGGGACAUGAAGCAGAGGCAUAUUGCUUCUUUUCUUGCUGCCAUUGAGAAGGGUGUAAGCAAGAAGCUGCGGGAAAAAGACGUAGAAAUAGAAAAUAUGAAUCGUAAAAACAAGGAGUUAGUUGAGAGAAUAAAGCAGGUGGCCAUGGAAGCUCAGAAUUGGCAUUACAGAGCAAAAUACAACGAGUCAAUUGUGAAUGUUCUCAAGAGCAACCUCCAGCAGGCAAUUUCACAGGGUGCUGACCAAGGGAAGGAAGGAUUUGGAGACAGUGAGGUCGAUGAUGCUGCUUCUUACAUUGCUCCUAGCAACUACCUGAACAUUCCAGGUGGGAAUGCAAGACCUCUGACCAGGAAUUGCCAAGGCUUGAUUGAACAUGUAACCUGCAGGGCAUGCAAGUCAAAGGAGGUAAGCAUGUUGUUGAUGCCUUGUAGGCAUUUAUGUUUAUGUAGAGAUUGCGACAUGUUAAUCAAUGUUUGCCCUGUAUGCCAGUUGAUCAAAACUUCUAGCGUUCAAGUGUACUUGUCGUAAAUUAUCAAGUAAAUCACUGAAAAGUUACCUGCAAUCUUCUUGCUGUGACAGUUUUCUUCCCUGACAUGCGAGUUGUACGUGGAGUAAACUCUAUUUCAUGAAAUGUAGUAUGGAAAAUUAUCUUUUGGUACUGCCA